AUGUCGUCGAAGAAGAGUAUGGAUUUAUCCACGCUUUCCUCAGAUCUCCCGCCCACCAAAUCUGUCAAUGAUACUUCAAUGAGUGACUUAAGUCGAGAAAUAACCAAUGAAUUCAAAAACGCUGCUAGAUCGGUUGCAUCAUUAUAUAAUUCUGUUUCAGCUACUGGAGAUGGGUCUGCCUCAACUAAAGUGGAAUUUGCCAAUGCCGCUAAAUCGGUUUCUGCUUUAUAUCGUAUCACUCAUAACAAUACUUCAUUGGUUUAUCAAAAAGGUUAUUUAGAUUGUCUUGAUGACUUAUUGGAACUUAUUACAGUCAAAGGUGACGUUGAAAACUGGGCCCUUACUAAAAGGGCUGAAAUUACAAAUCUGCAUAAUAAUACUAAUCAUACAACAUCUUCGAUAUCGAGCAAUAUAAGCUCAUCUCCUCCCGCAAGUGUAGUUGAUACUAAUCAACGAGAUAUCGAUCCUGUUUCAUCCGAUUUCCAAAUACCAUCAGAUUAUGACUUCACUUUAAGUCUGGAUAUCAAACCAAAUGGUCAUUUUAGAUCAUCCAUAACUCCAUUAUCACUUCAACAUACCUAUAAACAACGAUUAAAUAUUAAAACCAGUCGGAAGUUCGAUCCGAUCCUUAGAAGAAAGCUCAGAUUAAAGUCAAAUAUUCCAUCAAGUAAUUCACAAGAUGAAGAAGACGUUGAUUCAAAUACUACAGAUAGAGAAUCUCAAUCAUCUUCAGAAGAUGACGCUGAUAGCGAAGCACAUUUAUCCAAAAGAAAAGGUGUUCAAAAUAAUUUGGGCCCUUCAUCCAAGAAAAAGAAAACUUUGUGA